UGCUGGGUUGCUAAGACAACCAUUGCCAAGACGCUGAGAGUCAAGUUGGAGACUUCUUCGCCUUGUCCAGCCCCGGUAUCUGAGCCAUGGGUAGCAAGAAGAAGGAAAUGGCCCUGCAGGUCAACAUCAACACCCAAGAGCUUUGGGAGGAAAUGCUCGGCUCCAAAGGACUGACUGGUUGCAGGGAGUGGAGGUGUGAGAGCAGACCGUCUGCAAGGACAUGGCUGUCUGCUGAACAUUGUCACUCCUUGGCUCCUACAGUUGUGGACGUCUACCAGGGCUGGUGUGGCCCCUGCAAACCUGUGCUUAGCCUCUUCCAGAAGAUGAGAAUCGAGGUUGGUUUGGACCGUCUCCAUUUUGCUCUGGCAGAGGCUGACUGUCUUGAUGUUCUGGAAAAAUACCGAGGGAAGUGCGAGCCAACCUUUCUGUUCUACGCGGGAGGAGAAUUGGUGGCCACGGUGAAGGGAGCCAACGCCCCACUGCUUCGGAAGACCAUCUUACACCAGCUGGAGGUGGAGAAGAAGGCUCUGGCUGAAGGCAGGGAACGGAGCGUGGUUACUGAUGAGGUUCUUUCUGGUGCAGCCAAGUGCCCUCCCCACGAAAAGGAUGAUGGUGAAGAAGGGGACAUAGUGUCAUCGGAGAAGACCUGUACAUUAGCCAUCAUUAAGCCAGAUGCAGUGGCCCACGGAAAGGCCGAUGAGAUCAUCAUGAAGAUCCAGGAAGCAGGAUUUGACAUUUUGUCAAACGAAGAGAGAACCCUGACAGAAGCUGAAAUGCAAGUGUUCUAUCAACACAGAGCCGGGGAGGAGGCAUUUGAGAAGCUAGUCCGUCAUAUGUGCAGUGGACCCAGCCACCUCCUGAUCCUCACCAAGACCGAGGGCACCGAGGAUGUAGUCACUGCUUGGCGAGCCUUCCUGGGGCCUUGUGACCCCAAUGUGGCCAGGAAGGAGCACCCUGAAAGUCUCCGGGCUCAGUAUGGCACAGAAAUGCCCUUUAAUGCUGUUCAUGGAAGCCGGGACAGAGAAGAUGCCAACAGAGAGCUGGCCCUGCUCUUCCCCAGCUUCAAGCUUUCCAGAAAAGACAUGGAAGCCCCACAGGGUCCUGAGUCUCAAAGGGUGGUGAGCCCCAUGGAGGCCCUUUGCAUCUGAGUGUAUCUGAGGACGGGGACACUACUGUCUGCUGCCAGGAUCAAGGCCACAAGAGGAGUCAUCAAUAUGCUCAUGUCUGCACAGAAGGACCUCCAGAGGUUGAUUUCAGAGAACCAGUGUUCUUGGUUCAGCCCUAUGUUGUAGACAAUGGAAAUAACUAUAUAGACUUCCCUGCCUUACUAAACAGUCUACUGAACAUACCCUGCCCUCCAGUCACCUCACAGGACACUGAAUCUCCCCAACAGUAAAUCUACUGCUUUGAGCCUA